GCGUCACGUCAUUUAUGGACGGCACCUUUUACAGUUUUACUUUCACUAUAACUGAGCUUAUUUAGCAGUAAUACGUUUUGAUUGUUGUAGGGUUUGCAAAUUAAAAAGAAACUGGUCAUGAUGAAACAUUUUAAGAAUGUAAUUCUCAUUAAGUCCCCAUCUUGUAAACAAGUUCAGUCUCCACCUCUUAUCCAUCUCCCUGGCCUACGUGCUAUGAAGGGCCAUUGCCCGAAACGUCGCCUAUUAUUUAGUUUUCUCAUUACCACUGUUAUUAAACGUAUUUUAAUUAUAUACAGUACAUGUUUUACAAAUGACCACGGUCGGAACCAAACUCUCGUAACUUCGGAACCUUUGUGAGUCAGCAGCGCGUUUCCAGGGGGGGAUGGGUGGCGGCACAUUUGCAGCAGUGUAACCACGUAUUUUGCGUCCGCGGUCAAAGUUCACGGGCUUCUCCCUCCGGGUGGAAGCCGAGAGCGGAACACGUGGGUAGGGGGAGGGUCACACAGCUCCACGCACCCCGCCACACGGGCUGGACUCUCACACGACGACCUCGCCAAUCUCGUCAAGGAGCGUAAACUAUCACGCGAACUCUGCUCAUCCUCGCAGGAGCAGCGUAUUUUGGCGAACCAUCGAACAAUGACGGAUACCGCAUCGCGCGUUUUCAGAUGCGCUGCUGGGGCUGUCUGGAACGCUCUUCCGAUAUUAUGAAGCCACUGGGAGCUAUGCACUUUUAACCCAUCUAGAUUGACAACUCAUUUCUUGAGAACUGCUUUUUGUGUUUAGCUGUCCUUCCCCCGCACCUCCGAUUAGCAAGGUUGGCGACGUACGAUGAGAAAGAAGUUCAACAUCUUGCCAGUCCGUCUCAGUAUUCGAUCACUACUAUCACGGUUACUCUACCAGUAAAUUUAAUUCGUAGAUUCCUCCACCCGUGUUAAAGAAUCGAUCUCUACCACACUUUUCUCUCAUCCACACUGCGUUCAGUCCCUUUAAGGCAACAGCAACAUACGUACUCACCCCACUAAUCACACUACAGGUCACAACAAUUCACCCACUUACCACACUGGAGGUCACAACUUGCCCGCUCACCACGCUGCAGGGCACCUCAUUACUCUUUCUGCUUCUUCCCUAGCAUUGCUCCACUCUGGAAUUCCCUCCCAUCUUUUCCCAAGCGCUUAAAAAAAACACUUCUCAAUUCAAGAAAGUAUUACACAUUUAUAUAUUGCAACGUUAUUGCUGUUGGUUUAUGACCGCUUGAGGUUUUGAGCCUUUCAGCCUGUACUCAGCAACUGCGUUAAAAAUAUACUUUUGUUACACUAAUGAUUGUACUCUCACAUGACUAGAUAUACACUUCGGGAUCAGCUACUCAGGCAGACGUCAGACAGACCCUGCACACGCGCAGUCACUAUCCACACAGACAGCAGUAGGGGUACGUUCUGUUAGCGAGUACCGAUUAAGGCUCCCCGCCACACGCAGGCAUGAUUCGCCGCGCCCCGUGGGCUCGACUCCUGGCCGCCUGCACGAGGUCUCGGGGUGAAUCCUUUGGCAGACACGUCAAACUGUUGAGACCCAACCCAGGACCCAUUCACGCGAUUUGUCAAUUGCCAGGCUGGCGUGGACUUGCUAGGGGACCUCAUAGUGGUGGUGGUGGUCAUGGUCGUGAUGCUGGUGGAGGUGAUGUUGACGCGGAGGAGUGUGAGGAGGAGCCGAUGUGGGAGGAGCUAGAGAAAGAUGUCGAAGCGUUCUUCGUGGCGGGAGAGCGCCGCGAGAUGGACGUGAUGAUCGUUCACCCCGUGGUGCGAGAGCGAGGAGUCAGCCCUCACGAGGCUGAGGUCCUGGUGAGCGAGGCGAUGGCUCUGGUGGGGACUCUGCCGGGCUGGGCGGUGCGCGACUGCGUGCUCCUGCGCUCGCGAAACCCGGGCUCCAAAUUCGUGUUUGGCAAAGGCAACUUUAAAACCCUCACUGACAAGGUGCGAGCAUCUCCUCGCCUCUCGGCCGUCUUCGUGAACAUGGAGCGACUCACUGUGGCGCAGGAGAUAUGCCUGGAGGAGGCAUGGGGCCUGCCUGUGCUGGACCGCUACUCGCUUGUACUCCGCAUCUUCCAACUGCACGCGCGGACACGCGAGGCCAAACUACAGAUCGCCCUGGCCAGCAUCCCCCUCAUGCGAUCUCGUAUGCGAAAGGAGCAUAAACAUCUAGACCAGCAAGGAGGAGGAUCGCGGUAUUUGAAAGGCCCAGGGGAGACGGCGCUGGAAACGCAGCGCCGCGUGCUGGAGCAGCGUGAGCAGCGGCUGCGGCGUGCGCUCGGCACUGUAGCACGCAAGCGCAGCCUUCUGCGCAGCCAGCGCAGCCGGGCAGAGCUGCCCGUCGUGGCGCUGGUCGGCUACACCAACUCUGGCAAGACGACGUUGGCACGUGCCCUGACACACGACCUAUCGCUGGAGCCACACGACGCAGUGUUCGCGACGCUGGAUGUGACAGCACACGCGGGUCUCCUGCCGGGCCGCACCACGGCUCUCUACGUGGACACCGUGGGCUUCCUCUCGCGCCUGCCCCAUGGCCUCGUCCACGCAUUCUCCGCCACCCUCGAGGACGUCCUGCACUCGGACGUGAUCGUGCAUGUGCGAGACAUCAGCAACACGGACACGGAGAGGCAGAGGGACACGGUGCUCCAUGUGCUCGCCCAACUUGGCCUCUCGGAGGCCGCGCGCUCUCGCAUCCUCGAGGUUCACAACAAAAUCGACCUCAUGCCGCAAAGGGAGCUGUCUGCUGGGGUUGGGGUUCAGGUGUCCGCGCUGCACGAAUGGGGUCUGGAGGAGCUCAAGGAGCGAGUACAGGAGGCUGUGCUCAUUGCAACAAAUAAGGCCGUCAUGGAACUCAGCAUUCCACUGGAAGGGGAGCAUCUGGCCUGGCUGUACCGCGAGGCCGCGGUUCAGGAUGUGCGAGUGAUCCCCGAGUCAUCCACCGCCCACGUCUCUGUCAUCAUCAGCCAGGCGGCCCUCGGAAAGUUCUACAAACGCUUUGGUCGCUCAUCGUGACAAUUCAACCCCAGCGUGACCGUCCAGUCCCCCAACAAACAGGUCAACAGGUUACCAGGUUACAGUGAUCACCUGCUCAAAUGAGCAUUGAGGUGGUUGGUCAUCCCUCACUGAGCCAGUGGUGAAAUGCCACUUUCUUAUGGCAGGGGGCAAGUAUAUCCAAGAUCAAUGCUAUGAGAGAACGUACAUGGAAAGUUCAUGAAUAUAAAUUUAUUUCAAAUUCUUGAAAUUUGGGGACUUCUGCUCCCCCUUGGGACGUUUCUAUAUCCGGCUCUGGGGUGUGUUUUCUCUAUAGGACGAUCACUGCUGACUUUACCAUGAAGUAACAAUUUUUUUCGACCCUGGAGUGAUGAUGGGUUUGUGACACGAUGCAGUCAGGCUUUUUUUAUUUUAUCAGGAGAUGAACUAAACCCAUUGAGAUGCUCGAAACAUCAUUGCUUCUUUAGCACGAUGACCUUGUGCCAAUAUGUAAUACAAAUUGCAAAACAACUGGAAAAAAAACAAUAGAAACUGGAUAAAACAAACAAUAUCAAGGCGAUUAACAAAGUAGCCAGAAAAAACUGGUUUCCAGAAUGUAAAGUAACCAACAUGAAAGUUUCACAAUAUGAUUUUCACUGAUGGUAACAAAAACAAGCGAGUGAUGUCUACUCCAAUGAGCAUCGAGGCAUUGGUGCUCAUCUCUUGUAAUUAGCACUGAGCCAGUAUUAGAAAUUACACAUUACCAUAGCGGGGGCGAGUCUCUCCAUAGGAAAAUCACUGCUGACUUAACCAUGAAGGGGUACUCAUUUUGACGACCGCUCUCUAUAAUUUAGAGCCGCUCUCUAUAAUUGAGUCUCCGGUGCUACAGCGGACGUCACUGCACCUAUGAGACCAGGUCACGCGCAUGCGUGUGUACCAACCUCAGUGUACCGACCUUGGAUUUAAAGUAUAUUUGUUUAACCAGAUAUCUCAACGACACCAGGAUACAUCAUUUUUAAGAGUGAUCUGGGUCAUCAAAAGGACAAAAGUAAUGCAAUUCAAACAAGGUGCAGCAAGAAAUCAAACAAAUCGGAGCAGAAAAAAAGAAAUCAGCAAAAACAGCAUUACAGAAUUGUAAAUUAAGCAUAGAAACAUUCAACAACAUUACCCGUGCUGAGAUGUAAUCCCACAGCAAGACAUCAACAUCACUUAUCAGUAAUCGGCGUCAUUGUGGAGUACAAAGAUAACGAUCCACCGUACAACCUUAGGGGCCGUCCAUAAAUGACGUCACGCGAUUUUUGACGAUUUUGACCCCCCCCCCCUUCGUCACACUGCGUCACAAAAAUCAGACCCCCCCUCAAAUAUGACGUCACAAA